AGAAAGAUGACCCCCUCCAAGCGAGUCCCAGAUUCCCACAUAUAGCCCCCCCGCCCAAGGCUCCUCUGCGAGUGACCGAGUGCAUCGCGAAUUCGGUUCUUCACCAUAGAACUCCAAACCAGCCUUGCGACAGGUAGCGGAGAUGGGGGUGAGCAACAAGAUAACGGCGGUGCUCAACUUCGUGGGGCUGCUAUGCUCGGUGCCGAUCAUCGGGGCGGGGAUCUGGCUGGCGUCGAAGCAGGACAACGAGUGCGUCGAGCUGGCACGGUGGCCGGUGAUCAUCCUGGGGGUCCUCAUCCUCCUCGUCUCCCUCGCCGGGUUCGUGGGGGCCUACUGGAACCGCCAGGGUCUCCUCGCCGCCUACCUCUUCUGCAUGGCCGUCCUCAUCGUCCUCCUCCUCAUCUUCCUCGUCUUCGCCUUCGUCGUCACCCGCCCCGACGGCUCCUACCCCAUCCCCGGCCGCGCCUACAGCGAGUACCGCCUCUACGGCUUCUCCUCCUGGCUCCGCCACUACGUCACCGAUUCCGACCGCUGGGACCACAUCCGCUCCUGCCUCACCGCCUCCGACGUCUGCCAGAAGCUCGGCCGCGACCAACCCUACCUCACCGCCGAUCAGUACUUCCAGACCCAUCUCUCCCCUCUCCAGUCCGGGUGCUGUAAGCCGCCGACGGUGUGCGGGUACGGCUAUGUGAACCCGACGAUGUGGAUAAACCCGAGCAACCCCAUGGCGGACGCGGAUUGCUCGGCCUGGAGCAACGACCAGAGCCAGCUGUGCUACGGCUGCACCUCCUGCAAGGCCGGCUUGCUUGGCAACCUCCGGCAGGAGUGGAGGAAGGCCAACAUCGCCCUCAUUGUCGCCGCCGUGGCUCUCAUCUGGGUCUACAUCAUCGGCUGCAGCGCCUACAAGAACGCCCAGACCGAGGAGCUCUUCCGCCGCUACAAGGAGGGCUUCGUCUAGUCCGAUCAUCCGAUUCCAUGCGCCAUCACGAUCGCUCUUUUCGAUCUCUAGCACUAGAAUUUCCUCUUGCUCUGUUUGUGAACUAUAUAGCCUUGCCCUGCAUCUACUUAUGUGGUCUGUAAAGAUGUCCUGUGGUUCUCUGUUUCCUUCGUACUUUUUCAGUUGCAGUAGCAAAAGGAAUAAAAAUUAUUGACGCAGAGAAUAGAAAGCCAGCAUGAACAUGAAUGAAGGCCUUCUGGUUUUCAUUUAAGAACUUAAUAAGAAUCGAUUUGAGUGGAA